CAUGGCCGUGGCUACACCAGUAUUCUAUUACUCUGCCCUUGUUUUGCUAGGGAACGCCUACCCGCCAUAGGAGAUUCCGCGGCCCUUGCGAAAAUGAACCAAAACCAAAAUUCUAAGGAAGCUUUACAAGAAAAACGAGCCGCAGUGGAAGCUGCCUUUCGGAAAAAAAAGCUAUCCGAGCAAAGAGCUCUUGGCACCGUUGAAUACAUGGUGGAAAAUUCAGCGGUUGACCCUCAUUGGCUUACUAGUAACGGAAAGUUUCUCAAUCCAUCUUAUUAUCAAGAUGCAGUAGAAGAAAGAGCCAUAAUCAAGCAAUGUGGAUUCCCAAUAUGUCCAAAUGUUAUUGAAAAAGUAUGGAAACAACAAUAUUGCAUUGAUCUAAAAUCAAAAAAAGUCUAUGAUGUUACUCAACGAAAGAACUUUUGCAGUGACAUUUGCUUUUCAGCCUCAAACCAUUUUAAGAAUCAAUUACUAACUAGCCCUCUUUGGAUGAGAAACAAAGAAAAAAUGCCAACAUUCGAAGUCAAUUUGGCACUAACAAAGGGGCUUCGCGGAGAUGAUAUUUCCUUAAUUGCUGCUGCUGUUACUGAUGAAGAUGACAUCUCAGAAGAUAUUGCUGAAGGUGUUGUAGAAAAAACAGUAGCCAAACCGAAAAUAGUGCUGAAAACGGAGUUGACGCCAAUGGUUAAUCCAUACGAAUUUGUUUUGAAAAUUGUUCAGCAAUGGUUGACAGUAAAAUCGUUCAUGUGGCUUCAAAGAAUUGAUGGAGCGUCACUAGGCGAAGAUGUGGAGUGCAUCCAAAAUCAAUUACAUCAAAUGGAAAUAAAUAAACAUUAUGCUAAUAUAAAGAUAAUUAAUCAGCCCAACCUGCUUCUGCAGGUUGGGCUCUCUGCUAAGUAUAGUGAUACAAAAUGCGAAGCCCAGCCAUCACUGAGCCAAGUUCGUGCAUUCUUUGCGGGACAUUUGGAAUACGCGGUGGAGAAUGCUAAUGUGGAUGGCAAAGCGAUUAGAGAUCACACAACUCGUGUUAUCGAGAAAACAGAAAAAGAAGUUCCUAUUGUUAUCCCGUUGGCAAAUGUCUCGUCCCAAAAAGUCCUCCGUAGAAAAAUUGUCAUGGAUUAUCUAGAGAAAUGGUUCCCGCAGUUGGCUACCCUAACGGGUCUCGAGUUUCGUCGAUACCAGCGGGAUCUAACUGAGCUUGUAUCGACUUUCAAUCUGACAGCCGACACGAUUACAUUUCGGCCCCAUGAAGUACCUCUCAUAUGCUUCGUCUUAUUGUUCCUAUUAUCCGUCAGAGAUCCUGCAAUUAAAGAAAGGUUAAUCACAGAACCUAUCAAAGCUAACGUGGCGAAAUUUCUGGCUGUUUAUGAAAGAACGAUGGAAGAAUUCGAAAAAGAUGUUGAUGUUCUUCGUAAAGCCUUCGAGUCUAGGAUGGAUUCUAACUAAAUUUCACUUACUCCGAAACUUGAUAAAUUCAUCAAUACAUAACCACUUUGACUGAA